GAUCGCAACCUGCGACUUUCCGAGCCGUGUCCUGCAGGGGGAACCUGUUCCGCACUCAAAGCCAUGAUAACCGGAGCUUGCUGGAAAUGUCUGCUCCUCUCUUUCUUUUUUCUACGGGGAUCUGCGCAGAACUUCGCCCAAACGAGAUUUAUUUGUACGUCGGUACCAGUGGAUAUGGAUAUGUGCACUUCCUCCAUGCAGAACAGUGGCCCGACUGAAGACUUGAAGACCACAAUACUCCAGCUCCGGGAGACGGUUCUCCAGCAAAAAGAGACUAUAAUGAACCAGAAGGACACGAUCAGGGAGCUGACAAGUAAACUGGCCAGGUGUGACGGGCAGGCAUUGCUGGAAAUCCCCUCCAAUGAGCCCAAGACCGGUGCCCCUGGCACAAGGAGAAAGGAGACUGCCACUUCCAAAAACACAAUGGGAGAUUUGUCUAGAAGCCCUACGGCCGAAACACUUGUUCAGCUGGGGCAGUCCCUGCAGGCUCUAAAGACUAGGCUGGAGAACUUAGAGCAAUACAGCAGAGGUAAUUCAUCCACCCAAGCCAACAGCCUGAAGGAUUUACUGCAGAACAAGAUAGAUGACUUGGAGAAACAGGUUCUUUCUAGAGUAAACAACCUGGAAGAGGGGAAGCAGACCCAAAAGAAUGAUACUGAGCAGAGAGGGAAGAUUGAGAGCACCUUAACCAACCUACACCAGAGGAUCACAGAUUUGGAAAAAGGUCAGAAAGAGACCAGACCAGCAGACAAAUUUCAGCUCACCUUUCCCCUAAGGACAAACUAUAUGUAUGCCAAAGUGAAGAAGACUUUGCCUGAAAUGUAUGCCUUCACUGUUUGUAUGUGGCUUAAAUCCAACGCAUCGCCAGGAGUUGGUACCCCAUUUUCUUAUGCUGUCCCUGGACAGGCCAAUGAGCUAGUUUUGAUCGAAUGGGGCAACAAUCCCAUGGAAAUACUAAUUAAUGACAAGGUGGCAAAACUCCCAUUUGUAAUCAAUGAUGGAAAAUGGCAUCAUAUCUGUAUUGCAUGGACAACGAGGGAUGGGGUUUGGGAAGCAUACCAAGAUGGCAUCCUAAGAGGCAAUGGAGAAAACCUUGCCCCCUACCACCCAAUUAAGCAUCAGGGUGUGUUGGUGCUUGGCCAAGAGCAGGACACACUGGGAGGUGGAUUUGAUGCAACCCAGGCUUUUGUGGGGGAGCUAGCUCACUUCAACAUGUGGGACAGGAAACUAACAGUUGGAGAAGUGUAUAACUUGGCAACUUGCACCAACAAGGCAUUGACGGGUAAUGUCAUAAGCUGGUCAGAGAACAACAUAGAGAUCUUUGGUGGUGCCACCAAGUGGACAUUUGAUGCAUGCCGUCAGAUCAACUGAGAAUAACGGAUUUCAUUUUCCAGGUCAAAGAUAUCAUCAAUCUCAUUCUGCACCCUGCCUUCAAAGUGAGGGCUCAUUAAGAUUGUUUCAUUUUGUUUUUAAUCUGGCAAAAAGGCAGAAAAUGUCAAAUAACUCAGCCAAACACACUUGUUUUAUCACAAAGAAUUCACCUACUGGAUCUCCCACUUGGAGUGAGAGGUUCCAGGUUUGUAAAAAAAAAGUUUGUUUCAAUAAGAGCAGUAAAUAUUAUAGGGGUUCCACUUUUUUAUAUUGGAAGAUCCUAAACAGUUUGGUUUUCUUAUUGCCAACUUAGUUUAACCUCUUGGGUGCUGGAGGGCUCUGCAGGGCAUUGCACAGCAAUGAAUUACAUGUGCUUCUAGCAGCAAAGGGGGUUAAUCCUGAGUGCCUUGAGCUGGUGCAAAUAUUCAGCACAUUUUUCUUCAUUUUCAUACGUAGACUUCUCUUUGUUAUCUUAUUAUAACUGAUGCGGCUACAAUAAAUGUAUGUUAUGCUGUUAGUUAAGAGGCAGUAUUGUCCUUGGCCAGGUCUUUUCAUUUGAUUUCAAACUGCUAUGUGAAAUGUACAAUUUGAAUCACACUCAUGAGCCUCAUACACAAUUCAAGGCUUGAAAAAUUUGCUUUAUUAUAAAUAGCUCCAGCAAACGCUAAAUGCAUGGCAGAUAAUACCUGAUACCAUCUUUUCUACGUGGGAUGGAUGACUCAGAGGCAUGGUAGCUUUUUUUCCUGAGUAAGGGUGUUUUUCUGUCAGACAUCAGUGUAAAUAUUUCUUCAACUGUUGGAUCAUUUUUUUUUUUUUUUAAACCAAAUGUGCAUGAUAGAUGCCUUGACCUUUUCUAUUUCCAAUUCAACAGUGAUUUUUAACACUGUUAAGAGGAAGAAAACUGCUGCUUACAUGCAGAAUAGGCAAGUUGAUGCUGGAAUAUCAGCUGUGCGAUCAGACACUCGGCUGGUGUUUAGGAAUCAUGACUUUACUGUAACAAAAUAGCCACAAUCCUUCAGAAGCCAGUACUUUUUGUGUGUUUGGGAACGUUACUAAAGAUCUCUUUUGGUUCAUUUGCUGUUUACAGAUUUAAGAAAAAUUAUUUUUCUGUUUAUUUAAAGAGUGUGCACUACACCUCCUCUGUAAAAACUGAUGCUUCAUGUAUAAUCUUUGAAAAUUAAUUACCCCAUGGAGCUCUGCACAAUGAACUUGUUGUAGCCUAAACCUCUGGCAUGCUGGAGGGUGGUCUUUCUAACCUUCCAGUGCCUAAGGAGGAGUCCUUCUAGCAGCACACCUCUCUCCAAAUGGAACCACAGACAAUUCCUAUAUAUUGAGAUGUCAACCCCCGUUUCUUUUGUAGCACUCCCACUUGCACUGAACAAAAUAUGCCUCACUCAGGUAAAAACCAUUUUAUGAUGGAUGCUUUUGGAAAGACAAUGUAUUUUUGCCUAAUUACUGUGUAAAGAUCCCCAACCUGCCCCCCUGGAAAUCUGUAACUGAUGGGGAAGUUUUCUAUAUUGCCUCUGGCAAGAUUAGAUGCUCAGCACACCCACAAGCCUUCCUCCUUUUGAUAACUCAGUGUUCUAUAUCACAUUGUUUAAUGAAAUUUAUCGAUGAAGUUAUUUUUAAUAAAGAAAACUUGGGCUACCUUCCCUCAAAUUAUUGUAAAAUGUGAAAGAAAUGUUGACAGAAGCACUUAUUUUAGCAGAACAUUUAUGUUUUGUAUAAAAAAUGGUUUAUUUUACCUCUUUGAAGUGAUCACCUGAUGUUCUUUUAACGGCGAUCAAUAGGAAGUAGCAGGUCUAUGAUUCUGGUUUGGGCAGGCAGAUACAAAGGCUUGAAUGAACAUUGUAAUUGGAAAUUUGCUACACAUUGUACAACAGACCAGUUACAUUUGUGUUAUAGGCUGGGGCUGUUUGAGCUCUGCGCCCUGUAUCUUGCUGAAAGCUAAUUGCAGUUUUUUUUUUUCAAUUACAUGUUCUUUUACUGACCCAUAGACAGGUCAGGUGGAUGACAUUUAUGCACAAUCUUGUGACUCAGUGUAUCAGAGUUACAGCCAAGUUUGCUUAUGGGACAUUUCUACGCAUGACGUGUUUUAACCAGAUACAGAAUAAGAUAUAUUUUGCUAACCAAAGCUGUAAAUGCUCCUUGGAUCCUGUUGCUGUCCUUUCUUUCUCUUGGAUUGCAACAGGUUAAUAGCCACAUUACACACUUUGUAUGUUCAUGUGUUCACACUGUUAACCACACUUUUCUGUUGAGCUAAAUGCUGAAAUUAAUUGUUGACUUUAUUUUUACACAAUAAAAAAAGAGAUGAAA